AUGUCGUCAGUCGGAGUCCCAUUCGCCAUCCGCGCUUUGCUGAGGCCUCGCCUCUCUACCCACUAUUUCCCAACCAAUACGGCCUUUCCUAAUAUCUCACACCAUGGCCGUGUCGCCAUUUCUGGAAACGCCCGUAAUUCCUCCUCCAUUACAAAGGUCUUCUAUAAGAUAAUUCCGAGAUCGAAUGCCCAAGCUAUCAGACCCAAGUGGCUAUUUGCUGGUGCCUCCCUUGCUGCCGCUGUAAUCGGUUUCUAUGUGUCAGAAAGUCCAUACCACGCUGUAAUGGCCCUUGAAAGAACUAUGCGUGUUGCAUCCGCAACUGCUAGGUGCAUUCAAGAGUCAGCCAGCAUCUCUCAACCUAUCGAGUGGACGUCUACUUUCAUCCCGCUGCAAGACAAAUGUCCAAGGUCAUCGGUUGAGGACAUAGACCGAAUGAUCCAAAAAGACACAGGAUGUACCAUAUCGGAACUUUUCAGCGAAUUCGACGAGGAGCCAAUAGGUACCGGUAAGCCCUAUUCACGUCAUACUGCCCAAGUAUCUAUCCUAUCUAGUAGAGCUGAUUUCUCGCCCUCGAAAAAGCAUCCUUGGCUCAGGUUCACAGGGCUCGGCUCCGAGAGAGUGGUCAAGAGCAAAGUCGCUGUCAAGCUGCAACAUCCCUCUCUCGCCGAGUGGGUACCUCUUGACCUCGCAUUAACGCGGUUCGCUUUAACAAACAUCAAAUUCUUUUUCCCGGAAUACCCAAUGGAUUGGCUUAGUGAAGAAAUGGAGUUGUCUCUACCCGUGGAGCUUGAUUUCGAAGAAGAAGCGAAAAACAUAUAUCGGGUCACGGAACAUUUCAAACAUGUUCCUAAUACAGCUCUCGUGGUCCCUAGAGUUGUUUGGGCAAAAAAGCGAAUAUUGGUUUUAGAGUACCUACGUGGUCAUCGUGUUGAUGACCUGUCGUCUCUUGAUAGAGCCGGGAUAUCAAGGGAUGAGGUUUCCGCAUCACUCGCGCAUAUAUUCAACGAGAUGAUUUUCGGAAACAAUGCACCUUUGCAUUGUGAUCCGCACCAUGGUAAUUUAGCGAUUCGGCCCAAUCAAAACCGAAAAGGUCACAAUUUCGACAUUAUACUUUACGAUCACGGCCUUUACCGGGAAAUACCGCUGAGUACACGUCGAAGUUACGCUAAACUAUGGUUAGCUGUCUUAGAUGGAGACGAAGACAAAAUGCGCAUUUACGCAUCUGAAGUCGCUGGCAUCACGGCUGAACAGUUCCCGCUGUUUGCGAGUGCGAUUACCGGGAGAGAUUUUGUCACUGUGAAAGCUUCUGUGUCAACCGCCCGUUCCGAAACCGAAAAAGAGCAUAUCGCAGCUGCAAUGGCGGAUGGAAUGUUAUCUCAGCUCGUACAGCUACUUGCAAAUGUACCCCGUAUCAUUUUACUAAUUCUCAAAACAAACGACCUCACCCGGAGUCUAGAUGAGAGUUUGCAGAGUAGUAUUGGACCCGAACGAACUUUCCUGAUCAUGGCGGACUAUUGCUCUCGUGCAGUCUUUGAUGAAGAGAAGGAGAUGAUCGCCCACAAUGGUGGGCUCUCGAAGCCCGGUAAUAUUGCGCGAAUGAUUAGUGCGCUAUUCUUUCUGUGCAAAAUUAAACUCAAGCUUGUUGUGCGGUAUAUUGGUGGGGUUGCCAUGUCCGGCCUCAAGGCUGUUAGUGACCCUUCCCAGUAG